GGGCAGCUGCUAUAAAUGGGGGGGGCUGGGGCGAGGCAGCGAGGCCGUGCCAUGGCUCCCAAGACGGUGCUGAUCACCGGCUGCUCCUCGGGCAUCGGGCUGGCGCUGGCCGUGCGCCUGGCCAGGGACAAGCAGCGCCGCUUCCGAGUCAUCGCCACCAUGAGGAACACGGGCAGGAGCGGGGCGCUGGCGGCGGCGGCGGGGCCGGCGCUGGGCAGGACGCUGGAGAUCAAGCAGCUGGAUGUGUGCGACGAGGGCUCCAUCCGAGCCUGCCUCGACAGCAUUCCCGGGCGCCACAUCGAUAUCCUGGUCAGCAACGCCGGGGUGGGCAUGGCGGGGCCCCUGGAGUGCCAGAGCCUGGCAGCCAUGCAGAGCCUCAUGGACACCAACUUCUUCGGCCUGGUGCGCCUGGUCAAGGAGGUGCUGCCCGACAUGAAGCGGCGCCGCGGCGGCCACAUCGUCGUCAUCAGCAGCAUCAUGGGCCUGCAGGGCAUCGUCUUCAACGACAUCUACUCGGCCUCCAAGUUCGCGGUGGAAGGUUUCUGCGAGAGCCUGGUGGUGCAGGCGCUGCGCUUCAACGUGGCGAUCAGCCUGGUGGAGCCGGGGCCGGUGAUGACGGAAUUCGAGACGAAGUUGUACGAGGAAGCCGAACGCGCCGACUACUCGCGCACCGACCCCGAGACGGCCGAAAUCUUCACCAAGCUCUACCUGAGGAACUCCAGGGAUGUCUUCACCAGCCUGGGCCAGACCCCCGAGGACAUCGCGGAGCACACCCUGCGGGUGAUCGAAGCGGCCCGGCCGCCGUUCCGGCACCAGACCAACGCGGCGUACACGCCCAUGGCCGCCCUCAAACACGCCGACCCCAGCGGCGCCCUGGUCACCCACGCCUUCUACCAGCUGGUGUUCAAGUACGACGCCGUGCUGCGCUUCGGCCUCCGCGCCAUCCGCCUGCUCCGCUGGAAGGCACAGAAGGUCAAGGCAGGCGUGCGCCUCCUGGGCUUCAAAUAAACCCUUGUGGCUCCUGGGCACUGCCCAGCUCAUCCCGGGUACGGGGGCAAGGAGGCCGGGACCCGGGCAGGGUUUCGCUUCCCGUUCCCGGCCUGAAAUAGCUCCCGCCGCCGCCGCAUUAAAAUGGGAGGGUAUUUAUAACCAGGGCAAGGCAGAGCAGCUUCCUCCGGGAGUGCAGCGGCCGUGACGGGGCUGGGAAGGGCUGGCAGCUGCCCCCUGCCUGCCUCCUGCUCCCCUGGGGCACCCGUGCCUCUGCCCCGCGGGCGUGUGGCACCCAGGGGACCUCACCCCGUCACCCCCCGGUGCUGCAUCCUCCUCCCUGCGGGCACUGCUGUGGGGUCGGGAAUGUCCUGUGGUGGGUGUCACCCCCGUGUGGCACUGAGGGCGCUGGGGCAGCACAGGGGGUGCAGGAGGUGCUGGGGAGCAGAGCGAGAGGGGUGUGUGGUGUGUUCAGAGGGGCACGGGGGGCAUUUGGGGUGCAGGGCGGGUUCAGGGGUGCCCAGCAGCUCUGGGUGCCCCAGAGCACCAUCUCUGGUGCCCUAGCAGAUGCCCCAGGGGCUCCCCCCUCCAGCUCCCGGUGGGUGACAUCAGGGUGGGUUCACCCUGGGCGCUGCCGUGUGGGCGCUUGGCGUGACAGCACCGGGAGGUGAGAGCAGGGGGAAACCACAGGAGGCCCGGCAUGAAUCAGCCCCGCUGCUCAGAGCCUUCCUGGCUUCCCCCACACCCCCUGAGCCCCCGGAGCUCUGGAGGGACCCCCAGAGGGCUGGAUGGCAGCGGCUGCAGCUCCGUGUGCCGCGCACGUGGCCUCUGCCAGCCCCGCCGGCUCCAGCGACCGUGGGGACAGGAUGGAGGUGGGGAAGGAAAUAUUUUUUGCAUUAUCCCCCCCUUCUCGCACGAGUUAAUGGCAAAGCGGUGGUGGGACCGCGGCCCCGGGGUGGUGGCAGCACCUGUGGGACGUGCAGGGGUGACAUCAAAGCGGUGACAGUGUCGCUGCCUCCCCCCUCUGCGGUUUCUGCAGAUUUGACUAACUUUCUCCGCUUGGGGGGCAGGAUGGGGGGAGAGGUAGGCGUGACUCUGCCCGGCCCCGGGGAGCAACGAGGGGGGCCCCGGCACAAAGCCACGGCUGUGGGAAACGGGGCUGAGGAAGGACAGGACCCCCUUCACACACCCCCAGCCCCACGGUGUCCCCCAGUGCCCAGGGGAGCAGCAGUGGGGCUGGAACUGGGGGAACUGGGGGGACAGAGAGGGGGGAACAGGGAGCUGCUGUGGGUGAGGGCAUCCCCAAGAGGCAGCGGGCACCUGGCUUGUGUUUGGGGCUGAGGAGCAUCACCUCGCACCCGGAGCAUCCUCCGUGCCCGUGGGGCACCACUUGGAGCCCAGGGCUGUCACCCCCACGGCCGCAGCCCCGCGGGUGCCGGGUGCAGGCACUGCCGGAGCCGUGCGGGUUGGAAGUAAAUUCUUCUAAAAAAACAAUCGUCUGCUGGGACUUUCCUGUCGCCAGCGUGUGACAAUCGCCAGCCGCUCCCCGUGUCCUCGAUCCCCCGAGGAUUUCGCUGCCAGGUGCCGGCUCGCUGCCAUGCAAAUGCGGCGCCAGAUAUAACCCGGCUGGAGGGGCUGGAGGGGCCGGGUCGGCGGCUCCCCGGGGGCUUCACUUCCCUCCCGGCGCAGCGAGGGGGGCACCAGGCGUGACACAAAGCUGCUGUCCCCGUGGUGGUGCCCCGGUGACACCCCGGUGACAGCCACGGCCCUGUCCCUGCGUCCCGGUGCCAGAGCUGGGGGCACUCCCAAUGUCCCUUCCCGCUGUCGCUCAGCACAGAGCCGGCUCUGCUCACCCCCUGCCCCCCGGAUUUGGGAACCCGACCCACGCCGAGGGUGGGAAAACGCCGCCGGGUCCCCGUGAGUCAGAGCACGGCGGGGGAGUCGGGCCACCGAGGGGGUGGUGGCAGUGGCUCAGUGCUCCCCGUCCCCUCCCGUCGGGAUUUGGGGGCUGGACCGGAGCAGGAGCCGGCCGGGAUGCUCCAAGGAUGCAGACCAGCAGGCGGAAGUUUUAUGGGAUUUUUUUUUUUGGUGCGUUAAGGAAGCGUGUUUCAACACGACACGACAGGAGAAACGAGUUCCUCUGCGCUCUAUCACGAUUACAGCUAUCAGCAGAUAAGGAUCUCUCUGUCACAACACCAACUGAAGGUUUCUGUAAGCCUUUAAAGGGGUUUGGCUCCAGGCAGGAGAAGGCUGAGGGGUUUUGGAUCAAACCAAUUCUUAUUAAGACAAACCAGGAUGGGAAGAUGCCUUGGGAGUCGCUGUCCGCAGCCCCGAGCCCCCUCUGUCCCACCCAACCCUCGGAGAGACCCCUCAGUGUUUGGUGGCACCCGAGCGGGGAGGAAGUGAAGGGAAAAGAAAAAAAAAAAAGGAUCCUCUGACUUUCUUCUCGGUUUUUUUUCGUUUCUGUUUCUCAAGCGUGUCCAGCUCUUGUGGCAGGAGGUGUCGGGGGGGAUGAAAGAAGCGAGAACAACGUCAGCCUGGUAAGGCAGGUGCUAAAAGGGCCUGAAGGGGGGUUGGUGUGAGCCUCCACCCUCCGCAGCCGGGAUGUUUCCAUCUGCCCGACACAGCCCUGGGAGCCACGCACCCACCCCGCAGCCCAGGAGUGGGGCUGAGCUGCCCCCACCCCGCAGCUCCCUGGUUAAAUCCCUCCUCUGCUCACCAAAACCGUGUCCAACACCAUUUUCCAGCAGU